CAUACCCAUCCUCCCCCAGUCACGUUAAAGUCGCUCCUUUGUUGUUUUGGUUUUUUUUUUUUUUUUUUUUUUUUUUUAUGCUAGUCUUCCUAAAUGCGACGUUUCGCACUAAUCGCUGCAUGCGUUACACUUAAAGAGACGUUUGCUUUAAGUAAAUUAUUGAAGCCAACGAACAAGUUGUUCCUUGUUAAUCACUAUAAACCUGUUCUUGCUUUGCGCAGAUUUUCAAGUAUCAGAGAAGAAAUGGCAGAUACUGGUGAGCAAACACUUUCAAAGAAAGCGAUGAAAAAGCUGGAAAAGGAGCAAUUAAAGGCAGCCAAAAAACAAGAGCGAAAGGCACAGUUAGAUGCAGAGGUUGCACAGCAGGCUGAAGAUGAUUAUAGCACUGGAAUGUAUGGAGAUUUGCCUAUGGCACAAUCACAGAUAAAAAUUAGUCGUGAUUGGACCAAUGUUAGUGAUCUUAAUCCUUUAAAGAAGAAUGAAAAAGUUCUUCUUAGAGCUCGUCUUCAUACUAGUAGAGGAACAGGAAAGCAAUGUUUCUUGAUGUUACGUCAACGACAGUUUAGUGUACAAGCUCUUGUUGCAGUAAAUGAACAUAUUAGUAAACAGAUGGUGAAGUUUGCAACAAAUAUCUCAAAAGAAUCAAUUGUGGAUGUUGAAGGAACAGUUGUUGAAGUAGAACAAAAAAUACUCAGUGCUUCUCAAGAAGAUGUAGAAGUGCAUAUACAAAAGAUAUUUGUUGUAAGCAAAGCAGAUCCUAGAUUACCUCUACAAAUUGAAGACGCAUCGAGACCAGAAAAUGAUGAUUCAUUGGCACAUGUUAACCAAGAUACGAAGCUAGACUAUAGAGUUAUUGAUUUAAGGACCAUAACCAAUCAGGCUUUAUAUAAAGUUGAAGCUGGAAUAUGUAAAUUGUUCCGAGAGCAUCUGGAUUCAAGAGGUUUUACUGAAGUCCAUACUCCUAAAAUAAUAUCAGCUGCAAGUGAAGGUGGUGCAAAUGUUUUUAAAGUCUCUUAUUUCAAAGGCAAUGCUUAUUUAGCACAAUCUCCACAGCUUUACAAACAAAUGGCUAUUGCUGGUGACUUUGAUAAAGUAUAUACCAUUGGAUCAGUGUUUCGUGCUGAAGAUAGUAACACUCAUCGUCAUUUGUGUGAAUUCAUAGGACUAGAUAUAGAAAUGGCCUUUAAAGAUCACUAUCAUGAGGUUAUUCAAGAAAUCGGAAAUCUGUUUAUUGCAAUUUUUAAAGGACUGAGAGACAGGUAUUCAAAUGAAAUUUCAACUGUUGCAAAACAGUUUCCUUGUGAGCCAUUCAAGUUUUUAGAGCCAAGUCUUGUGCUCACAUUUCCUGAAGCAAUUAAAAUGUUAAGAGAAAAUGGUGUUGAAGUAGGCGACGAAGAUGAUCUUAGCACUCCAAACGAAAAAUUUCUGGGAAAGUUAGUGAAAGCGAAAUAUGACACAGACUUUUAUAUCUUGGAUAAAUAUCCUCUUGCUGUUCGUCCAUUUUACACUAUGCCUGAUCCAAAUGUACCGGGAGCAAGUAAUUCCUAUGAUAUGUUUAUGAGAGGUGAAGAAAUUCUUUCAGGGGCCCAACGAAUUCAUGAUCCAGAGUUUCUAACCGAGCGUGCAAAACACCAUAAAAUUGCAAUUGAUGACAUUAAAGCUUACAUUGAAUCUUUUAAGUAUGGAUGUUCACCUCAUGCAGGGGGUGGCAUAGGAAUGGAAAGAGUAGUAAUGUUGUAUCUUGGUCUCGGUAAUAUUCGAAAAGCAUCUAUGUUUCCUCGUGAUCCUAAAAGGCUCACCCCCUAAAUAUAUAUUUACAAAAUAUAUUUUCCAUUAAAAUAAAAUUA